UACAGCAGGACAAAUUGAGGAAUGUUAGUGUGAAUGGUAAAAUAAGAAAGCUUUACAGAUCAAAAUAUAGCAGUAGCAGACCAUGUCGGCCUUGAGCAUCUCUGCGUAUUUUUUGUUGUUUUGCUUUCUUUCUUCCUUUAGCGCGAGAAGGGUUAGCUCCUUGAAUUUUCUUCGUGAUUUCUGCCCAAAUACAACUAUGUACAGUCCUAAUAGCAUCUAUCAAUCCAACUUGAAUCAACUUCUCCUUACUUUAUCCUCAAAUGCUACCCAGGAGAAUGGAUACUAUAACUACACUGUUGGCCACAGCCCUCCGGACACAAUCUAUGGUUUCUUUCUAUGUAGAGGUGAUGUUAACACCGAUGUCUGUGAGAUUUGUGUGAAAAAUGCUACAACUAUAAUCUCACAACGUUGUCCCAACCAAAAAGAGGCAACAAUUUGGUAUGAUAAAUGCAUGUUACGGUACUCAAAUCGAUCCAUAUUCUCCAGGGUGAAUUUCUCACCUGGGAGGGUCAUGGUUAAUACUCAGAGUUUCAAUGGUAAUUCAUAUAAUUUCAUCGCUGUAUUAGUACCUACGAUGAAUGAGACAGUACAUCAGGCUGCUCAUAAAUUCUCUGGUAAGAAAUUUGCUACCAAAGAUGCCAACGUUACGGCAUCUGGAAAGACAGUAAAGUUGUUUACCCUGGCACAGUGCACACCCGAUCUUUCUAGUGAAGAUUGUCUCUUCUGCCUUCAAAAUUCCACCUCGAGGUUACAAACAUGUUGUGAAAAUAAGAAAGGAGUAACAUUUGUUUCCCCUAGCUGCAAUAUUAGGUAUGAGACAUACCCCUUCUACAACGCCACAACCGUCCCCACACCCGUUCCUGCACCCGCACUGGCACCUGCACCUGCACCUGAUCCUAAGAACAAACAAGGAAACGGGGGAAUCUCAAGACAAGUUAUUAUUGCUAUCGUUGUUCCAAUUGCUGUUGUUUCCUUAGUGGUCUUGCUGGUAGGCUUACGUUUCUUGACUGGGAGAACGAUGAAGCAGAAACAAUAUGGUACUAUAAAGGAGAGAAAUGAAGAUGAUAUUUCGACAGUUGAAUCCCUGCAAUAUGAGUUAAACGCUAUUGAAAUUGCUACUACCAGCUUUUCUGCUGACAAUAAAAUUGGAGAAGGUGGAUUUGGUGAUGUGUACAAGGGUACCUUUCCAGAUGGACAAGAGAUAGCUGUGAAGAGACUUUCUAAGAGUUCAGCACAAGGUGCAAAAGAAUUUAAGAAUGAGAUCAUACUCGUUGCCAAGCUUCAACACAGGAAUCUAGUAAGGCUACUAGGAUUUUGCUUGGAAGGAGAAGAGAAGAUUCUCAUAUACGAAUUUGUGCCAAAUAAAAGUCUUGAUUACUUUCUAUUCGAUCCAGAAAAACAACGGCCCUUGGAUUGGUCAAGACGUCACAAGAUCAUAAGAGGAAUAACACGAGGAUUGCUUUACCUUCACGAAGAAUCUCGUCUUAAAAUUGUACAUCGUGAUCUCAAAGCUAGCAAUAUACUCUUAGACAAAGACAUGAACCCAAAAAUUUCGGAUUUUGGCAUGGCGAGAAUUUUUGAUGUUGAUCAAUCUGUAGAAAAUACAAUCAAAAUUGCUGGCACAUAUGGUUACAUGGCACCAGAGUACGCAAUACAUGGUCAAUUCUCAGUAAAAUCUGACGUUUUUAGUUUUGGCGUCUUAAUCUUGGAAAUCAUAAGUGGCAAGAAGAGUAAUGGCUUUUACAAAUCACAUGGUACAAGAGACCUUAUAAGCUAUGCUUGGAAGCUUUGGAGAAAUGGCGCACCCUUGGAAUUGAUGGAUCCAACUUUGCAAGAGUCUUUUGUUUCGGAUGAAGUUAUUCGAUGCAUCCGAAUUGGCUUAUUGUGCGUUGAAGAAGAUGUCAAUAAAAGACCAACAAUGUCAUCAAUACUUCCUAUGCUUGAAAGUUACUCAGACACACUACCUAUUCCUCGAAGACCUGCAUUUUUUAUUCCGAGUGGAUCAGAUAGCAUGACAAAAGAGAGAAACCCCAGCCAACCCCAAUCUAUAAAUGAAGCAUCAAUUAGUGAAUUGUGUCCAAGAUAAUUGAUUCUGUGCUAUUGACAUUUUGUUAGAUGUGAAAAUGUGACAUCACCAAAGGGACAAAUCAUAUACGAUUUUUAUAAAGAUUACAUCACGAGCA